AUGUGGCUGCUGCAAUCCCUCUGGCUCUGGUUUCCGCUGUCUGUUGCUCUGCGUGGCCAGCAUGAGCCCAAGGCACCAGGUUAUCCCGGUGGACUCCGCUGUGGGCUAAGGAGCUUUCAGUUCACCAUAAACCUCAGCCAGGAGACAGCAACCCCUCCUGCACUAGUAGCUUGGGAUAAUCGAGGGCUGCCGCACAGGCUGCAGAAUGACUCUGAGUGUGGCACCUGGGUCAGCGAGGGCCCUGGCAGCUCCCUGGUGGUGGACGUGUCCUACAGCGGCUGCUAUGUCACUGAGUGGGACUCCCACUACAUCAUGCCGGUUGGAGUUGAAGGAGCAGAUGCGGGUGGACGCAGGACGGUUACAGAGACAAAGCUGUUCAGGUGUCCUCUGGAUCUCCCAGACAUCCCAAAUGCUGGCCUUUGCGACUCUGUCCCAGUGUGGGACAGACUGCCAUGUGCUCCUUCACCCACCACUCAAGGAGACUGCAAGCAGCUAGGCUGCUGCUACGAUUCUGAAGAGGCCAAUUCCUGUUACUACGGAAACACAGUGACCGCACGCUGUACCCAGGACGGCCACUUCUCCAUCGCUGUGUCUCGGAACGUGACAUCACCCCCACUGCUGCUGAAUUCUGUGCACUUGGCCUUCAGGAAUGACAGUGAAUGUAAACCUGUGAUGGCAACACACACCUUUGUCCUGUUCCAGUUUCCAUUUACUGCCUGUGGUACUACAAAAUGGAUCACUGGAACCCAGGCAGUAUAUGAAAACGAGCUGGUUGCAACUCGGGAUGUGAGAACUUGGAGCCAUGGUUCUAUCACCCGAGACAGUAUCUUCAGGCUUCGAAUCAGUUGUAGCUACUCUGUAAGCAGCAAUGCUCUUCCAGUUAAUGUCCAGGUUUUUACUGUCCCGCCACCCCUUCCUGAGACCCAACCUGGACACCUCACUCUGGAACUUCAGAUUGCCAAAGACAAACACUAUAGCUCCUACUACACUGCUAGUGACUACCCAGUGGUGAAGUUGCUUCGGGAUCCCAUCUACGUGGAAGUCUCCAUCCAACACAGAACAGACCCCAGUCUAGAGCUGCGCCUACACCAGUGCUGGGCCACACCCAGCACAAACGCCCUGCUCCAGCCCCAGUGGCCCAUGCUGGUAAAUGGAUGCCCCUACACUGGAGACAACUAUCAGACCAAACUGAUCCCUGUCCAGAGAGCCUUGGACCUGCCGUUUCCUUCUCACUACCAGCGCUUCAGCAUUUCCACCUUCAGUUUCGUGGACUCAGUGGCAAAGCAGGCACUCAAGGGACCGGUGUAUCUGCACUGCAGUGCAUCGGUCUGCCAGCCUGCUGGGACACCAUCCUGUGUGACAACCUGUCCUGCCAGACGAAGAAGAAGCUCUGACAUGCAUUUUCAGAACAGCACUGCUCGCAUUUCUAGCCAGGGUCCCAUGAUUUUACUCCAAGCCACUCAGGACUCUUCAGAAAAGCUCCGUAAAUACUCAAGGUCUCCUGUAGACUCCCAAGCUCUGUGGGUGGCUGGCCUUUCUGGAACCUUAAUCAUUGGAGCCUUGUUAGUGUCCUACCUGGCCAUCAGGAAACGGAGAUGAGCUACUCAGACCAAAUGUGUUAAUAAAACCAGAUUGCACUGCUAG